AGCAUGAACGAGAAACCGAAUAAAGUGGUGCUGAUCCCGGUCCUGGCUGUACUCUUUGUAAUGAUAGGUUAUCAGUACAUCUGCCCUGCGGGAAGCCAGUCGUGCCACUUUGGGAGCGGGGCAGAACCGCGAGCGCGACAUGCGUUUGUUAGCGCUCCACCGCACGCGCAAUACGAAGCGCCGAAAGCGUCCAAGUUUAACUUCAGCGAACGCGACCAGGCUCGCCGGGUGAACUUCGACAUGAAAGGGGAUGAUGUGCUGGUGUUCCUGCACAUUCAGAAGACCGGCGGCACCACGUUCGGUCGGCACCUGGUGCGCAACAUGCGCUUGGAGCGGCCGUGUGAUUGCCAGGCUGGGCAGAAAAAGUGCGCGUGCAGGCGUCCCGGCAGAGAUGAGUCAUGGCUUUUCUCGCGCUUCUCUACCGGCUGGAGCUGCGGACUGCACGCGGACUGGACCGAGCUCACCAACUGUGUACCAGCCGUCAUGGAGAGGAAGCGCGCUCCCAAACGCAAAAAGAACUUCUACUACAUCACCAUGCUACGUGAUCCAGUGUCACGCUACCUGAGCGAGUGGAAGCACGUGCAGCGUGGUGCCACCUGGAAGACGUCACUGCACAUGUGCGACGGACGUGCACCGACACCGGCCGAGCUGCCCACGUGCUACACCGGUGACGACUGGUCAGGCGUGACCCUUGCCGAGUUCAUGGCAUGCCCCCACAAUCUAGCCAACAACCGGCAGGUGCGCAUGCUGGCCGACCUAAGCCUGGUCGGUUGCUACAACCUGUCAUCUAUGGGUGAGCAGGAGCGUGGAGCCAUUCUGCUCGCUAGUGCCAUGACCAACCUGAAGAACAUGGCCUUUUAUGGCCUGACCGAGUUCCAACGCAAGACGCAGUACCUGUUUGAGCGCACGUUUCGCCUACGCUUCAUUUCCGCAUUUACACAGCUUAACACCACACGUGCUGCCAGCGUGGAGUUGCACCAGGACGUGCGCCACCAAAUUGAGAAACUUAACUUCAUGGAUGUUCAGCUUUAUGAGUUUGCCAAGGAGUUAUUCUUACAGCGUGUGCAGUUUGCACACCAACAAGAAAGGAUGGAGCGACGCGAGGAGCGCCGCACACAACGUGAGCAGAAGGUCCUUCAGAGUAAAAAGCAAUCUGAAGAAAACCAACCACAGGUGGCCACCACUGAGGACUAUGCCAGUCAGGUUGCCCGCUGGUGA